CCUGCCAGGCUAGGUCAGGUGUCUGGCCGGGCUGUGGCCACAAUGACCGAAGACUCACCCACCCCGUUGGGUGGCGGCCGCACGUCACCCAAAAAGCCAGGUAGCCCCGGCCAGGCGGCGGCAGUGCUGGAGGAGCACAGGCGGGAGGUGGAGAAGCUUCGGGCGGAGCUGGAGGAGGAGCGCGCGCGUGGGCGGGCAGAGCGGCAGCGCUUCACCGCCGAGGAGCGCGGGCUGCGGGAGGUGGCCGAGCGAAAGCAGCAGCAGCUGGCGGACCACCUGCGCUCCAAAUGGGAGGCACAGCGCUUCCGGGAGCUGCGGCAGCUGCAGGUGGAGGUGCAGCGGGAGCGUGAGGCCGAAAUCCGUCAGCUGAUGCGCUGGAAGGAAGCCGAGAUGCGGCAGUUACAGCAGCAGCUGGGCCGCGAGCGCGACAGCAUGGUGCGCCAGGCCCGUGAGCUGCAGCGCCAGCUGGCCCUGGAGCUGGUGAACCGGGGCUACUGCAGCCGCACCAGGGCGCCCGAGGUCCCCGCCGAGCAGUGCCACUGUCGUCUGCAGGAAGUGCUGCGGCAGCUUCGCUGGGAGACAGACGGCGAGCAAGCCGCGCGCAUCCGCCACCUGCAGGCGGCGCUCGACGUGGAGCGCCAGCUGUUCCUCAAGUACAUCCUGGAGCACUUCCGCUGGCAGCCCGCUUUACCUGGGAGCCCAGAGCCCCAGGCCGCGAACUCCUCCGAGGAGACACGCCUCGAAACCCGCCGUAGUGCUCGCAGCACCCCAAAGCGCCCGCUUCGACUCGGGCCCCCCGACCGCCUGGGCACCUUGGUCCGAGUUCGCUCCCGCUCUUUGGAGAGGUUGCCCGAGGCGCGCUCCAGCUCCCCAGACUGCCAGCUCCUCACGCGCGCCGGCUCCCUGGAUUCCUUGGCAACGGUGCGUUGCUGCUCGGUCGACAGCGCGCUGAGUUGCCCCCAGGCCUUUAACGACUCCGAGGCACCAUUCUCCUCGACGGACACCUUCGUCGCAGGCUCCCCAAAUUCCUCGCCGCCUAGGGCACACAGAAAACCUAAAGAUCCGCGCGGAGAAUGCUCUGGAAACCAGUCCCCAGAAAGUCUGAUGCCCUCACCGCCGGGCCCCGACUACUGUGCACUGGUGAAGCGGAACUCGGAGCUGAGCAAAGCGUUGCAGGAGCUGACACGGCGCUGCUCUGAACUGCUUGAGGAGAACCUGCAGCUGCGGCGCGGUGGCGGCCCCAAUCAGGAGGACGAGAAGAUGAAGCGGCUCAAGAUGAAGCACACGGAGCUGGCAGGCCUCGCGCGGCGCCUGGAGGACCGUGCCCGCAAACUGCAGGAGACCAACCUGCGAGCGCUGAGCGCGCCCGUGCCGGGUGAGAACCACCCCGGUCUGGAGCUGUGCCAGGCCUUUGCCAGCCAGCGCGCCAGGGACCUGUCGGAUCAGGCCAGCGCGCUGCUAGCCAAGGACAAGCAGAUCGAAGAACUGAGGCGGGAGUGCCACCUGCUGCAGGCGCGCGUCGCCACCGGCGUCGACAGCCCUUCGAAUCCUGCAGGGGGCGUCCCUGGUUCGCAGUGGGUCAACAUCAGCGACUUGGACCAGCUGCAGCGUGAGUCCCAGCGGGAAGUUCUGCGCCUGCAGAGGCAACUGACGCUGCAGCAGGGCAGCGCCUUGGCGAAAGCGGACAGCCAGAGCGCACCCUGCGAGGAAUCGCGACACCAGGUGCAGGCGCUGGAGCGCGAGCUGGACACACUACGACACGAGUGUGAGGCAUUGGGCUCGAAGGCGGCGGCGGCACAGCGGCGCGGUGAGGAGGCGGAGGCACAGCUGCAAGCAGCGCUUUGGAAGGGCGCCUGGCUGGCGGAGGAGAACGUGCGGCUGCAGGCCCAGGCCCACUGGGUACGAAAGGUGGCGGCCGAGAACAGCGAUGUGCGCGGGCAGCUGGGCCGCGCGUGCCAGGAGCGCGACGCCGCCGGCCUUCUGGCAGAGCAGCUGCUGCAACAGGCGGCACUCGAGCAGAAUAGGCAGCAGCAGCUGCAGCACGACCUGCAGAAGGCCCUGAGCGACCUCCAGGCUGCCCGAAAGGAGAUGCAAGCAUUGCAAGAUCAGCCCGGCCAUCCUCCCCAGCAGCCACAGGAGGCCACCCAAGCCACAGGUAGAGGAAGGCAAAAGUUCAAGCCACAGACUCAAGACUAUGCACCAUCACAGCCUAGCAAAGAACAGAUCCCUGUUUGUCUUACCCUGCAGGAGAGUCCAGUUGCCCUUGGGGAACCAGUGAGUUCCCACCCUGUGUCAGAGGGAGUCCCUGCCAACCAGCCUCUGGACUCCAGGCAUCAAACCAACAAAACGAGCUCCCAGUCUACUUCCUCCUCUGAGGUAGAGUCCAUAUGGGCCACUGUGCCAUCUUGCCUUACUUUGGAAAUGGACACAGCCAGUGAGGUAGAUGAUCUGGAGUCAGACAGUGUGUCUCUCCCACUGGAAGCGAAGGACCCUGGUGCACCCUCCACCUCCAAGCUCAAGAUUUUCCAGGCUAAAUAUAGCUACAACCCAUUUGAGGGACCCAAUGAGCACCCUGAGCAUGAGCUACCUCUCACAGCUGGGGAUUAUGUGUAUGUAUGUGGGGACAUGGGUGAGGACGGUUUCUAUGAAGGCGAGCUUGAGGAUGGCCGGCAAGGGCUGGUGCCCUCCAACUUGCUAGAACAGAUUCCAGACAACCCCAACACAAGCGACUUGUCUCCCAAGUCACCUGAGUCCCCAAAUCACUUAGGACCCACUAUACUACCUGUUGGGCAGAACAAAGCCUUAGAGGAAGCCUACUUAUUACUUGGGGAGGGCCAGGAAUCGGUGAAUAGAGGACUAUACCAGAUGGGAAGAGAGGGUCCCAAGACUGAAAAGGCAACAGAGAUUUUAGAGCUCAAGAGAGAGGCCUGCUGGCUGGACUCAUCACAGAGUAGGCAAGAGCAGAGCUUCUCCACACCCCCUCUGAGGACCAAGGGAUUGUCCUGUGUGGGACCGAUGCAGCUACACCUGCAGAACGUCACUGCCACAUCCGCUGAAAUCACCUGGGUCUACAGCAGUAGCAGACACCUCCACGUGGUGUACCUUGAUGACCAGGAACAUGCCCUGAUCCCCUCAGGUGUGAGCUGCUAUACCUUUGAAGGCCUACAUCCCGGCACACAAUAUCAGGCUCGAGUGGAGGUGAAGCUGCCUUGGGACUUGCAGCAGGUGCCCUGGGAAACAAUGUCCUCCACCAUCACCUUCAACACACCCUUAGCAGGACCCCCAGACCCUCCGCUGGAUGUGCUGGUGGAGCACCACACCUUGCCAGGCUUCCUAGUGGUCAGCUGGAUCCCUGUGACUAUUGACUCAGCUGGAUCCUCCAAUGGAGUGCAAGUCACUGGCUACGCUGUGUAUGCAGAUGGACUCAAGGUCGCAGAGGUCUCUGACGCCACUGCAGGGAGCACUCUGUUGGAACUUUCCCAGCUGCAGGUACCCCUCACAUGCCAGAAGGUCUCAGUGAGAACCAUGUCACUGUGUGGUGAGUCUCUGGAUUCAGUGCCAGCUCAGAUCCCUGAAGACUGCUUCACUUAUCACGCAUUACCAGGGACUCCUCCCUUUAGCAACACCUGUGGUGACCCAUCCUCCUUCGGAGUCUACCAUCAGAAGAUGGCGCUGGCUUCUUUGAAUACCAAGGCAGGCCCUCACAACCCUGGGAGCUGUGGGGAACCUCAGGCCAAGUUUCCAGAAGUACUGCCUGAAGAACCCCUGAGGAGGCAGCCCCCAUCAUCCAACCUGAGCUCAGAAGAGGCUGGCAGGCAAGCCCCAGGGUCCACAGAGGCCCAGAAGGGUUGCAGAAAGGACCUGCUCUUUCCGAAGAGUCCUCAGAACCACAGGCCACUUCUGUCCAGUGGCCAGUCUGUGAUGGAAGAAAACCAGUGUGAGCACAUGGGUGCCCGCAGAAGUUCAUCUCCAGGAUUCAUCCAUCAUCUGUCUUCUACGUGUAGGCCCAGGAAAGAGCUGUGUCAGGAGAAGCCUGCUCUUGAGAAGGCCCUGAGGCGAAAGCAAGAUGCCCAAGUGUUGACACUUUCCCAGCAGGGCACCAGCCAGCAGUAUGUGGCUGACUCCUGUAACAUAUUGGAGGAGGAGGUGUGCUUGGAUCCUUGGUACACAGAGAAGCGAGAGCACAGAGAGAAGCCCAGAUCCCAGAGUAGGAAACAGCAGGCUCGCGGGGGCAAGAAAGAGUGGCAGCUCUGUAAGCCCGCUUCGGUGCUAUGUCCAGCUCAAUCCAGCAAAAUCAUUAAGAUGCCCUCGGGUGGCCCUGCACAGCUGGGGCCAGAGGCCAACACUCCAGUCAGGAUAUUUGUGGCCCUCUUUGAUUAUGACCCCCUAGCAAUGUCUACCAACCCCAAGGCUGCAGAGGAGGAGCUAGCCUUCCAGAAAGGGCAAUUGCUGAGGGUAUGGGGCUCUCACGACCCCCGUGGCUUCUACCAUGGCGAGUGCAAUGGUCAAGUGGGCAACAUCCCUGGGCACCUGGUGGCUGAGGUGGAAGUGGGCACAGGACAGCCUUCCAGGAGGUGGCAUUUGCCAGCACAAGAGCACCUGCCUUCUGUGGCCCGCCUUAAGGACUUGGAGGGGUUCACCAGCUCCCAGAGUUCCUUCCUCAGUCCCCAAGGGAACUCCAGGAGACCCACACUGUGGACCCCAAAGACCAUGAUGGUGGCUCUGGACUAUGAUCCCAGGGAUAGGAAAGCAGGGGGCCGGGCAAAGGGCAAACUGGCUCUGAGGGUUGGGGAUGUGGUCACGGUCUAUGGGCCUGUGGAUGAUAAGGGAUUCUAUUAUGGUGAGUCGGGUGGCCACAGAGGCCUGAUCCCAGCCCACCUGCUGGAUGACUUAUCUGUCCACAGACAGUGAGCAAAGCUUGCUGCAGGAGUGGUAGCCUCUGGCUGCCCACACCCUCAGAAGGAGAAGCAAGCACGUACACCCUCAUACAGCAUCCCUCCUGGCCACCUCCUUAAGCAACAUUUGCUCCAGGCACCACUGUCUUCAGCUGAUGGCAUGCCAGGUGUGUUCCCAUCCCCUAAGAGCAGCAGGGUUAAAAUCUGAGUUGAAUUGUUUCCAAAAGAAAACAAAUCAGGCUGAUGUCUGAGAGUUUCAAAGUCAUGGAUAACUAUGAUACUCAUUUGGAGAAGUGCCUUUUUCUGGGGUGAAUACGUGUUUUCUUCAACAGGUUAACAUUCUUUAUGCCCUGCCUUGUAUGAAAAUCUCAAGAAAAGUCUGCAUCUUAAAAAAACAA